CAGCAACACCUUCCACUCUUUUUUGCAGCUUCACAAAAGGUGCGAAGAAUGGGGAUGGCUGUGAUUGAUUUUUAGUUGCACGUUUACUGCCAGGAAAGGGGAGCUGUUCUUCCUCCAGUGUCAAAAUAACCAGUUGGCUGGGCCUCUUGCACCUUGACUUUGAAAUGAGGGAGGCUGUUUGCCCUUCUGCCUGAGGCGCAGACGUCUGGGGCUGGCUCAGACUCUCCCCCGAGCAACUGCAGGCUCCUUUCAGUUCAAGGGCAGUUUCUGCUGCUGGCCGAGUUCCAGCAAGGCGGCUUCCCCAUUGCCUCCACGAAUACCCCGAUAGUCAGGCCCAGCCAAGGAAAUGGUGCCCAGUACUGCAGCUCCCCAGCCUCUACCCCACCUCCUCUCCAGGCUCCCUGGGAUUAGGGGGCCUGCUUGAAACUGGGGCACAGAGUUGCCUUGCUUUCUUAAGCUCCUUACUCCCUUUCUAAUUUGUUGCCAGGGCUGAAUACAUUCCCAGAGAUGGCUGUCAGCAGAAUGGCCAAAUGCUAGGCAGGGGGGCUCAUCCCCUGCUGAUUAAUCCCGAGCGGGUCUCCUGAAUCGCUGCUCUUAAUUCAGGCCAUGCUAAGCGGAGACCUCCCCCCUCCACACGCUACAGGCAGAAUUUUUCUCUGUAUGCAUGCAAAUGAAUUCCUUGCUGACAUAUUAAAAGGAACAGCCGAAGUUCAGCAGAGCCAGCCUCAAAGCGGCAGCUCAGAAAGUCUGACACCUGAGAACGGAUUUUGCAAAUCAAUGAGGAAGGUAUGGGAGGGAACUGGGGAGCUGCUGGGGGCUCCCCUCAGUCUUUUGGAGCCAGGAAGAAGAGAAGGAGGAAAGGCUGAAGCUCUAUGGGGUGGCUGGCUGAAGGAAAAUAGAGAAGGCAACUUGAAUGUUGUAUGUUGUUCUGUGCUAUUAGGGGAUCAAAGGUUAAAGUGGAGUUUGCUUCUUGCUUUAUAUGCAGGUUUUUCCCACUUCACACUCGCUGGGGUGGGGAGACAAGGGAGCCGUUCAAAGCGACUUAGUGCUACUUGCAGCACACGUGAGCUGCACAGAGCUUAGAUUAUCCUGCAGCUAAUGCUCUUUUAGACACCAACGGUACAGUCAUAUAAAUGGGCAUACAAAGGCAUUCCUCCAGACUCAGAAAUUAAGCUUCAUUGAAGUCAAUAAGUUCCAUUCCAGAUAACUGGAUAGAGGAUUUCCUCCUGAAACAGGUAGUUCUUUUGGAUCUUCCUGACCAGCUGUUUUUUGCAUGCAAACUAUCCUCUGGGGAGUUGACAUGACAAGCUUAAAGCCAAAGCAUCAGUGGAAUUGCAAAAAGGAUGGGAGUAAGGCUGUGGAAGCAGCCUAGCUGUUUGCUAACGUCUCUCUCUGCCUGGAUGUUUUGCAUUCUUCUCCUUGCAUCUGGUGGGAAGAUCAAUGACUAGCCAGCCUUAAAGAAUCUGAAAGACUGGUCCCUUCUCUCCUAGUUGGAAAAAAACAAUAGAAUUAGCAGGAAUAGUAUCCUAGAUUGGCAGCACCAGUCAGAAUAGUGAAAACACAACAUUUUUCUCUUGGGAAUUCAUAAGCAAGAAAAUCAAUUCCAUACAACAACCGUUACCACUUCCUCAUCCCUCAAAAACCAGACUACAAUUUCCUGCAAUCGUCUUCACAGAAAGCAUGGUGCAUUAAAUGUUAACUAUGAGAAUUCCCCCCAGGGGGAGGGAGAAGAAACUUUCCUUUCAAUGUUUCAAAAGAAAUAAAAAAACUGGAUUAGCUGUAAUUUUACAUACUCCACAGUGGAGUUAGUAAUCAACUUGGUUCCCAGAUUGUGCUGAUAGAAGAGGUCUACAACUAAUUUUACACUAGUUUAAAGCUUUGGAAUGCUUUAAGUAGUAUAAUUAGUAUAAGUAGUGAAUCUAUAGUGAUUAUCUCAGGAUAAUUAAAAAUGAGUUUUUCCCCCACUAGGGAUGUUAGUUUUCAGUCCUGUUUCAAUUUAUAUAUUUGUGUUCCUUGCAGUUAUUUCCAACAAUAUUCAGGCAGGUGUUCUGGAAAAACCCACAAAUAUGCUGUUUAUAAGCCACAGUUCUCACCCAAUAGGACCCCCAUGAUUUUAACUUUUUCAUAGUGAUUUGGCUAUCCUGCACCACCACAAUUCUCAGGACUCCUGUAUCCUUUAAGAGACUCGUAUCAAGAAGGAAUUCAAUUCAGGUACUCUCUUGACUAAGAACCAUUUGUUUAGUGACCGUUCAAAGUUACAACAGCACUGGAGAAAGUGACUUAUGAUCAGUUGUCACACUUGUGAUUGUUGCAUCCCCAUGAUCAAAAAUCCAAAAGCUUGGCAAUUGCCAUUUAUUUAUGAUAGUUGCAUUGUUCCAGGAUCAUAUGAUCACCAUUUGUAAACUUCCCAACCAGCUUCUGACAAGCAAAGUCAAUGGAGGAAGCCAGAUUCACUUAAUACCACAUGAUUCACUUAACAACUGGAGUGAUUCAUUUAACAAUGGUGGCAAAAUGGUCAUAAAAGUGAGGUAAAACUUACUUGACAACAGAAAUGUUGGGCUUAGCUGUGGUUGUAAAUUGAGAGCUACCUGUAGUUGAAGACUUUCUUCAACUAGAAUAGUGGGGAUGAGUCACAUCAGCCAAAACAGAAAACAAAAAACAAGCACAUUUGUGUAAUGGGGAUGUGUCUACAAGAACUAUUGUAAUUAUUUAUUUAUUUAUUUAUUAAAAGUUAUCCAUCCCCAGUCUUUGAUUACUAGAUUUUUAAUACAUUGGCACAUAUAAUAAAUGGUGCUGGUGAAAAUUCAGGAGUCAGCUCUAGUCAUCUUCCAUGUACAGUUCUGUAUAUCUCAUCAUCAUAUAUGUCCCUCUUUUGCCACAAACCCUCCUGCUUAUUUUUGCCCUAUUUAUGUGUUUUCUCACCCUCUUUCACCCUACUGCUCAUAUCACCAAAACCACUGAACUACUAAACAUUGCCCUUUGAGGGUAACAACUAGAAGAUCAUUGCCAUAUCUACAAUAACAUUGUGGGGUCGUUGGUGCUCUCUGAGCUUUAUUUUUUAUUUUUUGCAGAUGUUUAAUUACCCAACUAGGUAACAUCAUCAGUGCUAGAAAGAAGUACAGUUUGAUCUCCGUUUAUAUACAAAUGGCCUGCCCUGUCAGUGUUGGCGGGAAUGUUGUUUUUUUCUUGCUGAUUUGUUGAUUGGGGUAUGGUUUACUGUUUGAUUAUUCAUCUGUUAUUAAUCCUGGCAUUAAUCUCUGUUUAUCUGGGUGCUGAUUGGGGGUGAGGAGGUGUUUCUGGUGUUUCUGUUUCCUUUUUAGCUUUUUGAUGGUCUCUUUUGGAUAGUAUAUAGAUGUUGUUUAUAUGUGUCCGUUGAUAGCUUAUUUGACAUAAACACCACCAGAUGGUAGUACUGAGCAAGAGUCUAUACCUUUCUGCAGCCGUCUAGUAGUUGUCCAAGUUUUUACUGUCCAGCUCUGGUAAUCCUUAUUGAGAAAAAAAUGGUGGAUGAGUUCCAGAGCUGUUCAUUCCAUUCUAUAUUAUGCAUUGUCUCCCUUUCAUUCAAAAGAGGAGGCAAUAGAAGACCAACUGCUAGGUGAACCAAUGGGCAAACCAAGAUACUGUGAGAACGAUGCAGUACUUCCUAAUCAGAGGGAGUAGUUCCAAUGCAGGAAAAUAUUAGUAUUGCCAUUAAUGCAUUACGAUAUCCAUGCAGCAGCUAGUGGCUGUUAGUCGGAAGGAUGCACAUUUGGGAACAAGCUAAUGAUCAGCUGUUCCUCAGUAGAAAUAGCAGGUGUUGUUUCAGCUUUUCUGAUUAUACAGAGCAGCUUGCUUGGCACAAAAGCCACAUAUAAGGAGAUUCAAUUAUGAUUUUUUUUUACUGGUGACUACUCUGCUUUAACUCCCAUCUUUUGCUUGUUGCUAUGUGACAGACAGAAAGUCAGCAGGUGAAGCUGUUCACUACUACUGGACUUUGUGUAUUAAAUUUACCAGCUUAACAGUAUGUGUAUUUGUGUUCCUUUACCUAUUCUUUAGCUCUGCAAAUCACAGAACCUCUGUCCAAAAAUGAGUUGAGCAGAUAGCUUUCCAAUCUGCAAAAGAACAAGAUAAAUGUUUACAAAUUGGAGAUACCACAACUACAGAAGAAGGAUAAAAGGUAGUUUUUUCCUUUUUUAUUUCACAGAUGGGGUACUAGUGCUAGGAGAGCCUUCCAACAUCUGGUAAAAUCCAGUGGAUUGAGUUGCAAUUCCCAUUGUCCCAUGGUUACAGAUUAUGAUAUUGUGAUCCAAAGGUUAUUGAGGGCAGUGCACCAAGGAUUUUGUGGGUAGUUCGGGAGAGUGCUAAACAACUGCUCCAGUGACAUUCUUUCUUUCUCUCUCUCUCUCUCUCUCUCUCUCUCUCUCUCUCUCUCUUUCUCUCUCUUAUUCCCCCCCCCCCAACUGAUAAAAGUUCUCUGGGAACAUUCAACGCUGUCGGUGAGUUUUGUCAAUGAGGUCAAACCAUCGACUGUUGAGUGUACCCUGCGGCCUUUGCAGACACUGGAAGUGAAAUCGCUUCACUGAAGGACCACCACACUGCUGGAGUAAAUUAGUGGCUUGCUCCCAUCAGCAGGUCACACUUCUGUUCCAGACUUUUUCAGUGACACUUGUUUUGCCUCCUUCCAACCCAGUGCAAAUCAGCAAGCUUUAAUCCCCCUUAACUCUCUCCCCCACCCACACUUUGCUGGGAAGGUUAAAUUCUUUCUGGGAAACCAUUGCUGGAAGAAUCUUCUACCUAUUGGGCAGAGUCUCCAAAACUAAAAAGUCACAAUCAACAUUCAUUCUGUCGGUGGGUUGUUAUGCUGGAGGAGAAGCUCACUGAUCAGUGAAUGCAACUGUGACUGGAAAAAACACUUGGCCAGCAGAAGAAAUGCACAUUUUACUUCUCAUUGAGAAAACUGCCCAUUUAUUUCUACUCCUUGUUUGGUUAGCAAUAGAUAACCUAUUGCUGCUAGAUUUACUCGAGAGUCAUGAGGAUUUUUUUUUUAAAAAAAAGUAUACAAUGACAUUUUUUUUAAUUUUUUUUUUUAUUUGAUUUAUAUGCCGCCCUUCUCCGAAGACUCAGGGCGGCUUACAAUGUGCUCAGCAAUAGCCUUCAUCCUUUUGUAUAUUUAUACAAAGUCAGCUUAUUGCCCCCACAAACUGGGUCCUCAUUUCACCUACCUUAGAAAGGAUGGAAGGCUGAGUCAACCUUGAGCCUUGUUUGAGACAUGUUUCUUGUGUGGCAUUUCUAUCAGUCCAAAUGACAAUAUAUGUACCGCUUCCCCCAAAAUAAGACUUGGUCAUAUAUAUAUAUAUAUAUAUAUAUAUUGUUCCAAAAGAUGCAUUAGGGCUUAUUUUGGGGGAAACAUGGUAUCAGGUUGAUCAGCCUGGCUGGGCACCCUCCCCAGUGCACGCACAAGAGGCAGCGAGCAUGUGGAGGCCACCGGUGUCCAGCAGCUGUCCCAGCCCGCUGGUGCCUUGGCCAGCACACUCUGGGACUGUGUAGCCCACACACUACAGGUGAGUCCAAGCGCUGUGAUCACUGGGCCGGUCCUCAAAGCAGCAGGUGGAAGCAGAGGCACAGGGGGGAGGACACGAUCUGGCCUGCUGGACGUGCUGCACGGCCAUAAAGACAGACAGUGGGAUGGAGUAAGGGGGCAGCCACAGGAAGCUCCCAUGUGUGCAGCUGAGCUGAAAGAGGAUGUUGGACGAUGGGGGCCGAGUGCACAGAGGCCACAGCAUGGCGCCACCCCAGUCCCACCUCCUGCCUCACCUGAUUCAAUCUCUGUUGCGCUGCACAACCUCAUCAACAACAAGAUUGCCAAAAGAAAUGCUGAGAAGAAGGAGGGGCAGGAGAAGAAGGAAAGGAAGAAGGAGAGGAAAGAUAACAAGGAAAAGGAAAAGAAAAAAAGUGAAGCCAAGAAAGAAGAAGUAGUAGUAUUAGUAACUAGGCUUUCUAUUUGUAAAUUAAAAGCAUUAAAUUUCACCAAGCUGCUCUGGCUGAAGGUUCUUAACUGCUGGUGAUUUGGGAGGGACUAAGAGCCAGUUGAGUUCAUGGCUGCCUGAAAUGUGCUUGCAGUGGCUGCUGGUCACAGAGUGGGCAGCCCCAUGCUUCUGCUUCCACCUGGUGCUGUUCCCACCAUCACAAGGCGAGGCAGAGGGGAUCCACACCCCGGCCCCUGCGUGCUUGGCCCCUGCUUAAAGUUAGAUUACGGUCAAUGGUAUUCAAGGAAAAUUGGUGGGGCCAAGUGCACAGGGGCUGUGGCAUGGCGCCAUCUCCACCCAGUCCUCUGUCUCACAGCCAUGCCUCCCCCCUAAGGCUGACGAUCUUAACAGGUUUAUUUUUGGGGUAGGGCUUAUAUUAGGAGCAUUCUACAAAAUCAUGCUAGGGCUUAAUUUCUGGUUGGGUCUUAUUUUCGGGAAAACACAGUAAACACUGAGUCUAUUAUUCAGAUAAACACAACAUUAAAAUAAUUACAGUAUGUAAACAGCAAGAUUCAGUCUCACAUACCACGGUUAGAUUGGAAUUAUCUAGCAUUCUGGCUCACUACUUGGAAGAAAAACCAGGUCUUCAUAGUCUUUUGGAGGCCCAGGAAGGUGACAGCUUCCUGGAUCCCAGGGGAAUUUAUGGCACAGGGCAGGGGCCAUGGCAGACAAGGCACCAUCUUUUUUCCUUUUUCCAGACAGUGAUUGAUAGAAUCAAUACCAAAAUCCAAUUAUCUCUUCCUCUCUCUCCACAUUUUAUUGCAUUUCCUCUAUUAGAGGGAAACCAUACAAAGAGCUGCUACCUUUUAAUCUACAUUUAUUUUAAAAAUAAUUUUUAUUAAAAGAUUUUACAUAGUUAAUGAAAAACACUUUCAAAGAAAGGAAAAUAUUUUAAAAUAAAUGAAAAGGAAAAAAGAAAACAGACAAAUAUAAAGACCAAAGAGAACAGAGAAAAUAGAAAAAAGAAAAAGAAAAAACCCAGAAAACAUACCUACACACACACCUACCUAUCGAACUAGUAUCUAGCUUCUCUCUUGGACUUCAGAAAACUAAAGUCUUGUCCUCUGUAGAAGACAAGAGGCUGGGGGAAUCUCCUUGGGCCAUAUCCUGCUGGAGACAGUGGCUUUGUCUAUUCCCUGACCAGGAAGUAGCUGUCAGUAUUAUGAACACUGGGUAGCAUGACCACAAGCAGCUUCCAAAUAUGUCCUAGAUUUAAUUACUGUAAGAAUAUUUUUAUUCUUGUUUUUGGAUUGCUUUUCUCACUCUAUUUUGGAGCACACUUCUAGCCCAGAAAUAACUGUACAGCAUAUUUGUUAUUUUCCCCAAUGACUUUCAAUAGUAUUCAGGAUUGGGAUUAUGAAGGCCUUUUCAGAACCUUCUUCCCUAUAAAUAUUGCUUGGUUAUAUUUCAUGUCAUUGUCUGAAAUAUCCAAUUGCUUUUCAGCUUCCAUCUCUUCACUAACUGAGAUAGUCUCCCAGAAAAGAAGAACUUCGUGGUUUCUUUGUUUAAUCCAUUCUUCUUUCAUGUGCCUCUGGAUCAGUGGUGGGUUGCCCCCGGUUCGCACCGGUUCUAUAGAACCGGUUGUAAAACUGGCGGGAGGCUCCGCCCACUGACCCCGACAUCAUCAGGAAGCUUCUGAGCAUGUGCAGAAGCUUCUGUGCUUGUGCAGAAGAGCAUGCGCCUGGCCCCACUGCAAACCGGUAGUAAAGGUAAGUAGAACCCACCCCUGCUCUGGAUACUCCACAACCCCAGAGCAUAAUGCAGCCACCUCUCUAAAAAAAACAACAACCCACCAGCGAUGUAUUCAUUUUCUGAAAUGCUUAACCAUUUUUUCUCCAAAUACAUCUAUUGUGCUUGUGGCCAAACAGUUCGAUUUUUGUUUCUUCAGUCCAAAAUGCUUCAGGUUUCCUUUUGAUUAAUUUAGAUGCCAUUUUUUUGUAAUAAUAUCAAAUAAAAGAUGUCUUUCUGACAUCUGAUAUCUUCCUUUUUCCAGGCAAUUCUAGCAGAGAUUUUUCUUGGUUUCCCAGAUUUUUUCUUGAUCUCAACAGUUACAUGUAAUUUACAAUUUUUGAUAAUCUUUCUCACAUGGUCAACUAGAAACAUUCAGAGAUUUAAACAGCUUUAACCUGCUUUCUAAAAGUGAAUUGACAUCAUUUUCAAAUUUUCAAAUAUCUGUUUAGAGGAGUUCACAGAAAACAACAUACAAUCAAGAUUUUAUUUCUGAUGUAUCCUUCCCUUUAGAAAAUUAAUGAAUAGGGACUAAAGAGCAGUUGAAAUCACAAAAAAGGAAGAAAAUCAAUGCAAUGUAUAUUUGCAAUCUGAAUGAAAAUUAUGUCAUAUAAAAACUAGGCUGUGAAUGCCUAGACCUAGCUAACAUCUAGCCUUACAAAUAAGAUAUACAUUAAACAGCAAUUUUAGGGGGCUGUCUAAACAACUUUAAAGUUAAAAAAGUAGUCCUUAAUCAAUUGUAAUAUGCAGACGUUGUGUUGGUUUCUAUUCACUUAAGGAUUCACUGCAUAUACAAUCUGACCGAGUGCCUAAUAUUUACAGGCAGGUUUUUGUAAUACAUGUGUAGGAAGUUAGCACCCACCCCUCUGCUAGGAAUAUGAGAUAUUUUAGGAAAUAUUAAAAGGGCAGAAUAUUUUCCCCUAAAAGGGAGGCAGAAACUCAGCCCCCACCUUUGUCAAUGGGCCAUUAAGGCCUGGGCCAGUCUAAACUACAUAACAAAGAUCUAGCUCCUUCUAGCAGAGCCAUAAUAGGAAUUGCCCAAAGCCCCUUCAUUACAUCAUACCCCAGCAAGGCUCAGCCAGUUGCCCCUGCAUGGCUCCCUGGGAGUCUGACCACCAAUCAGAGUGCAUUUCUUACACAGGAGCAAGAGGCUCUGGGGUGGGGCCCAGAGAGGGCAUAAAACCAAGGCACUCUCAGCAUCUCCGCCCUUUUUUUCUUCUUUACCCAACAUUUUCAAGGCAUGUGAUCCUGUCCACCAUUAAAACCAUCUUUCCAAACGGUCUCCAUGUUUCCAGUGUCUUUUUCCCCACUUGGAACUGGACCCAGAAGGAUCUUUCUUCCAACACAUGUGUAUGUAAGUGUACGUGUGUAUGUGUGUAUGGGUAUGUACGUAUAUAUAUAAAUGUAUAUAUGUAACUACCAUAAGUAAAUAUAGUACAUAUAUGACUAUACAAAUAUAGUCAUAUAUGUACACAAAAUAAGAAUGUUCCUCACCAGAAAUAGAUUACAGUAGAUUCUGCUUUCUUUCAAAUAUAGAUAUAUGCAACAUUGUUGUUUUUGACUAUAUUGCAAAGCAGUGCUAAUGAAUAAUGUCCCAGAAUGAGCCUGAAUUUGGGGGAGGGGGGGAAGAGACUUUUAAAACAACUUUAAAGUAAAAAGAAAGUAAUUCUGAAUCAACUGGAAUCUUAUGUGUAACAUACAAAAUCCUUGGUAUUCUUUGAACUUGAUUGUUUUGUUGAAGAUGUUUCAUUAUACCCAACUAACAUCAUCAGUGCUAGAGGGAAGUGAGAUUUGUGCUCUGUUUAUACAAGCAAUCCUUGAUUUACAUGUGAUCACCUUUUGUGACCACCUGACAAGCAAAGUCAAUGGGGAAGCCAGAUUCACUUAACAACCAUGUUACUAACUUAAUAGCUGCAGUGAUUGACUUAACAACUGUGGUAAGGCUGUAAAAUGGGGCAAAAUUCACUUAACAACUGUCUCAUUUAGCAACAGAAAAUUUGGGCUCAAUUGUGGUUGUAAGUCCAGGACUACCUGUAUACAAGGGGCUUGCCCUAUCAGUGUUCUUGGUAGUUCCUUGACUCAGGUAAUGUUUACUGCUUGAUUGCUGGUCUAGUAUUAAUUCUGGUGUUAAUCUCUUCUUAUCAGUGUAUUGAUAGCUGCUGGUGGUGUUCUGGUUUAUUUUUUUACCUUUUAGAUUCUCUUUUCUGUUGGUUUUUGUUUACUUAAGGAUUCAAGAGUGCCUAAAUAUUUACAUGCACCUGUAUAUAUGUAUGUGUACCUUUGUGUAUGUAAAUAUAGGAUUGCCUAUAUUUAUAUGAAGCUGUAUUUAUACAACUAUAGCUGUAUAUAUAUAUUUUUUAAAAAGUAUGUUUCUUGCCAAAAUUAGAUUCAGCUUAUUGUAGGGUACUCCCCUUCCUAUAACUGUUAACACUGUUGCAAGGCCAAAUUGGCAGCAGGCAGGAAGGAAAACAAUCAAGCCAGCUGCCUUUAAAAGGGGGGAGGAAACCAUCAGAUCCAGAAAACAAGCCCUUUCCUGAUAACUAGUGAACCUCUAGACUUUUGCAUUCCAAAUAAGACAGAGCAAUUAGCAAUGCAGUCUUCCCUACAAUUUGAGAAAUCUCCUGCUCUAAAGAUAGAUAAAAAUCAUAUUUUAGAAAGUUUUAGAAAGUUUUUUUAAAUCAUUUUCUGGGCUAAACUAAGGGUCCUUAUUUUCCAAAGACUAAUCAUAUCUUUUAACACACCUGCAAAAGAAGAUUUUGCGCGCGUCUUGAGCUCCUUCUGCUAAGGCCCUUCCUGCUAACUUACUUACAAGGACUUACAAGGUCCUCCAGCAUCUUGGAGCCGUCGCUGAAGCGCUGUAAAAGCCCGCCUGUCCUCCUUAACUGUACAGUUAUCUUGCGCUGGAUCUCUCGGCCAGGAAGUCCCAGCGCCUCUCUCCCGCCAACCCUUCGCUUUUUCUUUGCCAAAUCAGACUCUUGGGCUCCAAGCAGUUGUCGGGGGUGGUGACCGGCCGCUUCGGAGAAAGCCAUUGGCUCCUCCAGGAGAAACCCAGGAGGUCUCCCACUUUAAAGCCGCGGGGGGCCGGGUGGAAGCCCAGUGAGCAGGGAUGAGUCCGGCCGCUUUCCAACUCUGGAGAGAUUAUUUCCAGCUGGCCAAGUUGGUGGAAGGGAUGAGCCGAUACAGCCCCUCCGAAGAAGAGCCCGGACCGCAGGCGGCGGAAUUGUCGCCGGAGCAGCAGCGGGAGCGCCAAGUUUUCCCGCGGCAGCAGGAGCGGCGGCGGCGGCGGCAGCAGCAGCAGCUCGUGGACAAGGCUCCCUCGGGCGCGCGUGGGUGGGAUGAGCUCAGUUGUUCUUUCUGCAAGCAGAACGGCGAGUCGCGGUCCGUCUACACCUCGCAUCGGCUGAAGGACGAAGCCGGCCUCGUGCAGUGCCCUAUUUUGAGAAAAUACAAGUGUCCUCAGUGCGGAGCGUCGGAGGAUUUUGCACACACGAGGAGAUUUUGCCCUUUAACCAAGCAGGGUUACACAUCUGUCUACACGAGCUGCGUCAGGAACUCUGCUGGGAAGAGGAAAAAAAAGGCAAGUCGUGGAGAACGCGAGCCGUCGUGGUUUCCCCCCUCGACAUAUACUUUAUAUAUUAAAAAAAAUCCUUUCCCCCCAUCCCAGAUUUGAAAGCCAUCGAAAUGGAUCGGCAGCGACUCUUAAUCGGUGAGUAUCGGCGGUUGUUUGUAAGUACCCAAAGGAGCUAGAUAACGUAUAUAUAGCAGUGACAACCCUUAAAAUGCUGCUUUUGGCGUUCCGUGGGGCUGGGAAUUUGUUCCUUUUUUAAUCUAAAUCGAAGAAGGACCGGGAAUUUGCCCGUUUUACCUCUGGGUGGCAUUUUUAAUCCCAUCUUCCCAUUUUCAACGCUGCACAGGAAUGGGCUGACUCCGGUUUAUCGAAAACUUUGUUUAGACAUUCAGGAAUCCCUACCUGGUGCAAAAAAACAAGCCUCGCUGCCCUGCUGCUGUACAGGCCAUGAGUUUAGCGCACUGCCCAUUUUAUAGCGUCCCCCCUCCGAUUGCCGGUGGUUACCCAAAAGACGAUCCUGGAUUAUAGUGGAACGAUUUACAGCGGCUUAUUCAACAAAUGGUAUCUGACUGAAGUUUUUGUGGGAAUCUCGAUACAUAAUAACAACAGGCCCAGCAAUAAGGAAGAAACUUGAAUUCCCGAGUGGGGCAAAAACUUUUUGGGGGGAAGUGGGAGAGGAUCUAGUUAGCAACAUGUUGAAAUUUUUUUGAUUGUAUGCCAAUUUUAUGCUGGGCCUGUUUUUUAUCCCAUAGAGGAGCCUGUAUAUAUCUGUGUUUCCCAAAGAUAGAUAUAUAGAUAUAUAGAUAUAUGUAGGCCUGCAGCAUAGGUUUCCCAAAGAAACAUUUUUAAAACUUCAAGCAAUUAAAUUCUUGGUACUUUUUAAUAUGCAGAUCAGAGUAAGAAUUGCAGGCUCCUCUAUGGGAUAAAAAACAGGCCCAGCAUAAAACUGGCAUACAAUAAAAAAAAUUAUAUAUUAAUAUGUUUCUAAAUGUGAUAUAUAAAUAAACAUGGAAGGAAAAGACGUGGUGACUAAAAAGUCAGGCAGAGCUAAAAGAUACAAUAGUUUCCACUCAAUAAUUUCCACAUCUCAAAAAGAUUCUGGUAACAUUUCUUUAAGGCUCUAGGGCAUAAAAUUUGUGUUGCAUGAAGUAAUUUAAUUGAUGUGUAGAAUGUAAAUACAUUGGGAAAAGAUGAGGGGAAAAUGGAAGUGUAGUUAUGCAAAUGAAAAUCAUGUGAGAAAGACUUUUUCAGUUAAUCCCUCUAAUGGCCUUCUGAGAUAUUUAACUCUCAUCAAAAAGUUUUAGGCUUCUCAUCACUCCAUUGUGAUGGAAAAGCCACUUGGUUCCAGAACUAUUAUUUUGCUAUCUAUAUUGGAAUAUCCUGGAAGGUCAAAUAUUUUGUUAUUUGUCCUUGUUUUUAGUUCUGAUGUCAGAUUUGUAUCCCUUCUUGUGGAGACCCAGAAUAGUACUGCUGGCAAAUCAUAUCAGAAAAAGAUGCUGUUGGUGUUUUAGAUUGCGGAUUUAUACUCUGUUCAACUCUGGAUCAAUGAAUGAAUCAGUGAACUCAGUCACUAUCUCCCAGUCUAAUUAUUUUGCAAAAUUAUUGUGUAAGAUACACUGGGAGAGAAAUUACUUAUGUUGUCCAAAUAAGACACUUUGAAAGGGUAGCAAUUUUUUUGAUGAUCUCUAGAUGGCAAAACCAACUUGUCUAGUAAAAAAAGAGAUCUGCUCUUUUGCUUUGUGAUUCUUUAGGCAAAAGUCUGCAACCAGUAGUGUGAUUGUUACAAAGGAUUAAGAGGCAUGGAACUGAUGGGAAAGAGCUGUGUAUGAUUUGGAUGCUUGUUUACUUAAUGAGAGUGAUUCUGAAAACAGAAAAUGUACAUUUAUCUAAUUGUGUCCCUGCUAGCAGAGUGGGUUUUCGGUGCUCUGGGAUGAAAAAGGUCAAGAUGUAUUAAAACAAUUCUUGGGGUAUUAAGUUGUAAUUAUAAGGCUGGCAGUUUAUAGACUUAGAGCCCCCUCAUCUUUGCUAUAGAAUUAAAUGGGAAAUUACUUUUUCAUAGUAUUAAAUUUAUCAUUGUUGUUUAUGACUGCUGAUCUUGUUUUGUGAAGAGAGAACCCCAUUCCAUUUUCUCAAAACUACAAUACAGGGCCCAUUUUUGAUCAUACAUAUUUCUUUGGAUUGCCUCCAAACAUGGCAUUCAGUCAUAGGAGUCACAACUGGUAAUGUAUAAUCCACAAAGCUCAUUUGCCCUUUUAGAAGACUGGACUUGAAUUAUUCAUUAAAUUUAUAUGCUGCCCAUCUCACUACCCAAAGCAACUCUGUUAAGAGUUAAUGUUAGCAAACAUUAAUUAUGCUUUCUUCUGGGUGAGGAAAAUGUUAUUGAAAUUAAUGAUAUGUAUAUUAUUUCUUUCAGGUGUCGUAAUAGCACUUUUCUGAAGAAUGGAGAGACUGUAGGACUAAUCAUUCAUGUGAAGUCACUGGUGCUCAGAAAUCAAUUUAUAAGCAACUUGAAAAGAUGCAGAAAGGACUAGUUAACAAAUCUGAUAAAAGCAAUACACCCAUCAUUAGCACACCUGAUAUCAAGAAAUCUUUCUUUAUCCUCCACCUGAGUUCACAUUUUGUUACAACUAUUUGAUGUUGCAAAACAUUUUAUGAUAUCCUCAGUCUGCUCUUCUGCAUUCAACUAACAUGAAUGCUGUUCGUUUGUUUAAGUUUCUUCAUAUUUAUUAUUUGUGUUUAUAAUUGUUUAAAGUAUACUUGUUUUAUAAGUUAUUUUUGUAACCAAUUGUUUGAUUUUAAAUUUGUAUAGUUAUUGUUUUUGUAUGAAUACAGAAUAUUUUUCUUUAACUCUGGAAUUAAAAAAGGAGGUAUUUUCCAUGAUGGAAUUAAAAAAAUACAUAAAUCCACAAAAAGAUUUGUGUAAGAAACAAGAAAUUUUGCAAAAUAAAAUAAGCAUCACAAUUGUUUCAGCUGGAGACAUCUAGAGGCCUCAUAAUCAGUAUUAUUUUAAAAUGUUCCACUUUGUUUGACUUGUGCCCAAAUAAAGGAUUCAGAUUUCCCUACAGCCCCACAAAAUGAAUAUAUUUUGCCUUCCACAAUUUUGUACUGUCCAGAUUUCUAAUAAUCUACUUGAUGAUAUAGAAUUAUGGCAAUUGUAAAGCUAAUAUAUUUGUAUGGAAUCUCAUUGCACAAGGCUUUUCUAACUUAUUAAUAAACUAUUAAAUAGUUAACCAAAA